UCCAUCCACACGUCGAGGGACUUAAAAGCUUGAAUAAAGAUGCUCAGCGUCUCGGAUCGCUGGAGCCUUGUCACCGGGUGAAACUGAGUUAUUUGGACGAACGCACUGAGAGAAACCGUGAAGAUUUAGGCGAAAGACUCUAUAUCCGGUUAAUGUUCAUAACAGAUAUGGAACUGAAGAAAUCUAUUUCGGACACCGAGCGCGCGCUUAGGAGCUACGGCGCCGUGUCAGAAACUGCAUGGACAACAGACAAAGGUCAUUCAGAUGUGUCCAUGGCAGAGAGCACCAUGGCUCCAGAAGAGAUCGAGGUGGAGAUGGCUCGUAUCCAGCGCCUACGAGAAGUCCUGGUACGCCGGGAGUCAGAGCUGCGCUUCAUGAUGGAUGACAUUCAGCUCUGCAAAGAUAUCAUGAGUUUGAAGCAGGAGUUGAGGCAGAUUGUGGCAGUACCAGAGAAAGAUAAAAACAAGAAGCACCGGCAGCGGGAGGAGGAGCUGAUCCUGAAAAUUCAUAAAUUGGUGCAGAAGAGGGAUUUCCUUGUUGAUGACGCUGAGGUGGAGAGAUUAAGGGAGAGAGAAGAAGACAAGGAGAUGGCUGAGUUCCUCAGACUGAAGUUGGUGCCUCUGGAGAAAAAGCUCAAAGUCACACAAAACCCUCCAAAGCCCAAGAGACAAAUCCUGGAGCCUCCUCCCAACAAACCCUCUAUCAGCAAGUCAGGAGCAGCCAUCAUUAAGGACUGCUGCGGAGCCACCCAGUGUGCCAUCAUGUAACAGACAGAGACCUCUGUUUGAGCCCAUCCAUUAGUCACAAGUCACUCAUGCCUCAUGACAUGUCAGACAACAUCUCCUGUUUACUCAGAAAAAUUUAGCUGAUCUUUCUCAGAUCUGUUCAGGACACGUUUUAAUUUCAGGAGAGUGCAGCUACACGGUUUCAGCUUAAAGUUUGUGAACUACUCCCUCAUUAACCGCUCGGGAGAAAACUGCAAUGAAGGAGCCUCUGUUACUAAAGACAGCUGUCAUCAGUGUUUAUCAAGGGAAAGGGAGGGGGCUGUUAAGUGGAUUUGAAACAAAAGUGUGCUGAAUUUACAUAAAAUUUUAAUCAGACAAAGAUGUUAACAUUCCUUUUAAAAUGACAAUAUGCUUCAACCAUCAUGUGGCUAAAAGUAGAACUACAAGCACAAUUUAAGAAUACUGUAGUCAAAUACAAAUGCUAGGGUUCUCCGACAGGAAAAAUAGAUAAAAUAAAUUUAAAGCAUAGUGGCAGCUACAGCAUACUUCUGAACUGUAGCUGAGCAACCCUUUGACCUCCUGCCUUGGCUCAAACAGUUCUCUAAUAUUAUCUCCUCUACUGUAAAUAUGGAGGCCAUUUCCACCAAUUAAAAAUGAAAAAUUGUCAAAGUGGGGCAGUUCUUAAAAAAACAAAUUCGUAAGUCAUAACAGUGAGAUAUAAAGUCAUCAUUAUGAGAUAACAAGUCAAAAUUAUAAAUCGAAAUUAUGGGAUAAAAAGUUCUCAUAAUUUAAACUUUUUAUAUCAUAAUUAUGACU